AUGUUGUAUACUCGUGCCACUAUCGUGACUGUUGAUGCUUCGCGUCGCAUCAUCACGGAUGGCGCGAUUCGUGUGGUUGGCAAUGUCAUUGAAGAUAUUGGCAAGGCCGAGACCCUGGAGGAGAGAUAUCCUGGCGAGGAGGAAUGCGAUCUCUCCGGUCGGAUCAUCAUUCCUGGGUUGAUCUCGACCCACAUGCAUACGGCACAGACCCUCCUGCGAGGCACCGCCGAUGACCUGGAGCUGGUGUCAUGGCUGUGUGAGCGGAUCUGGGUCCUUCAAGGCAAUUUCACCGCCGAAGAUGGGUACGCUGCGGCACGCUUGAGUAUUGGAGAAAUGCUGAAGUCUGGCACGACUUGUUUUUUGGAAAGCAUGUUUGCCGACCGAUACGGCUUCGAGGGUCUCUGUCGUGCCGUUGAAGAAAGUGGCAUUCGUGGCUGUCUCGGCAAGAUCGUCAUGGAUAUUGCCAAAUACGCUCAGGACGAUGCAUGGGCUAUGCAUCCUGGCCUCGUCGAGGACCGUGAGACCUCACUGCUGGGCACGGUCAAUAUGUGGGAGAAGUGGAACGGAGCAGCCAACGACAGAAUCAGAGUGUGGUUCGGUGCUAGGACCCCCGGAGGAGUAUCCGACGCGCUUUACAAAGAAAUGACGAGCAUUUCUAAGGAGAAGGGUAUCCCUAUCACCAUGCAUUGUGCUGAAGUCAAGGCCGAUCGUGACUUCUUCUCGUCCGUCUCUCACACUCCGAUGUCAUACUGUGACUCGGUUGGCUUGCUGGGUGAUUCCACAGUCCUUGUUCACAUGGUUCACCUGGAUGAUUCGGAUAUCAAGCUUCUCUCUUCUUCGGGGACACAUGUGGCACAUUGCCCGACCUCCAAUGCAAAGCUCGCAUCUGGCAUCUGCCGUGUUCCUGAUCUUCAGCGAGCUGGAGUCAAUAUUGGACUAGGCACCGAUGGUGCCCCAUGUAACAACACCUGCGAUCUGCUGCAGGAGAUGAAGCUUGCCGCGAUAAUCCACAAGGGAAUAUCGCAAGAUCCAACGGCCGUGCCAGCAGAGAGUGUACUUGAGAUGGCCACAAUCAACGGUGCCCGAGCCCUUGGCUUGGAAGACCGGAUUGGUAGCCUAGAGAUCGGCAAGAAAGCCGACUUUGUAGCGAUUGACGUGCGCGGAAUCCACACGCAGCCAUGGUUCAACCCCGUCAGUGCGGUUGUGUACACCGCCACAGGCCGGGACGUUGAUACUGUUGUGGUCGAUGGUCAGGUGGUUGUCCGGAACGGAGCGCUGUUGACGAUGAGUGAAGAGGCAAUCGUUCAGGAGGCCAAAAUGAGGAGUAAGGAGGUGGUUGAAAGGGCCGGGUUGGGCGUGAAGGUUCAACCUCGUUGGCCUGUCGAGUAG